CAGAGAAAUUCCCAAUUUCCCGACUUGGUUUUCGAUAUUCAGUAAAAAAAAAACCCUAACCUGUUUGCCUGUUAGGAGUUCGUAGUUUUGUUCCCCGUUAAUCCAGCAUCCGUUUCUGAGGAGUUAUGGAGCUGAAAAGUGUUAAUGGGAUGAGGAGUUAUGGAGACGGGGCUACUUGGCGGAGAGGAGAAUUGUUGGGCAAAGGAAGCUGUGGUUGUGUUUUCAUGGCGGCUCUGAAGAAGCCCAGAUCCAAGUAUAGCUGUCUUCCAUCAGUGCUGGCUGUGAAAUCUGCAGAGGUUUCUGCUUCGGGUUCAAUACAGAAGGAGCGGGAGGUUCUCGACAGAAUAAAGGGCAACCCCUACGUUAUCAGAUGCUUCGGGGAGGAGACCACAACGGGGGAGAAUGGUGAUAUGAUUUAUAAUUUGCUUUUGGAGUAUGGCUCGGGCGGAACCCUAGCGACGAGGAUCAAGAAGAAUUCAGAGGGGAACAACAAGGGAUUGCCUGAAUUGGAGGUGAGGUUUCACACUAGGUCUUUACUUAGAGGGUUGAUUCAUAUCCAUAUGAUUGGCUACGUUCAUUGUGAUUUGAAGCCAGACAAUGUCUUAUUGCUGCCUAGUCCUAGAGAGGUUGGGGGUGUUAAGUUUAGGGCGAAAAUUGGGGAUUUUGGACUGGCAAAGAGGGGUAAACAGAGCAAGAAGAGGAGAUUGGAGCCUUACUGGAGGGGUACCCCUAUGUAUUUGUCACCCGAGGUGGUCAAGGAUGGUGUCCAAGAAGCUCCUUGUGAUAUAUGGGCUCUUGGGUGUGUCGUGCUUCAGAUGCUAACUGGCGAGCCACCGUGGGCCGAGGACCCAAAGCUAGAAGCCAAAGAGGUUCUUGCAAAGAUUAAGGAAGGGAAAACUCCUAAGAUCCCUUGUGAGAUAUCUAAGGAGGCAAGGGAUUUUCUGAAGGGGUGUUUCGUGAAGAAAGAUAUGUAUAGACUGACAGCAGAAAUGCUACUGAACCACCCGUUUGUACAAGGGUUGGUUGAUGAUGACGAUGGUGAUGAUUAUUGGCACUUUGAAGGGGCCGAAACGGUUGGGGAUAUAAAUGUGAUUGAUAGCAUUUCCUUAUCAACCGAUGUUGGUGAGGAUGAAGAUGAUGAUGAUUCCAUGUACACUCGGUCUUUGUCAGAUGAAGACGAUAAUCAUAGAGACACAUCAUCCUGUAAUGAAGGAACAAUCGAAGGCGAAGAAAAUCUGAAUCUUCUAAUCCCCAUUACUGAUGCUUGUUUUGAUACUUCUAGUGAUACAUUAUUGGAAGUUCCUUGCCAUGCUAGACAUAAGUAUGCAUUUGACUAUACCAUUAGUGCAGGAGUUUAAGAGCAUUAAAGGUGAGCUGCAGUGUCAGUAUUGCUGAGAUAUAGAGUAAAAAAUAUGUCAUUGAUCAUAGAUUCAUUGAUCAUUCCUAGGUCUUGUUCAUUCUUUGAAAUUUCUUCAUCAAAUGUAGUAAUAAAUAAUAUUAUGAAAUACAGAGCAUAAGAUUCU